AUAUACAGUCUAUGUUCCCCACCCAUAAAACUCCUUUUCAUAAAAGUGCACAGGUCUGUCUAUCAGAUGAGGCGUAUAUAGGUUCCUGGACAGAGGAGAAGUCCGGACCUAAAUGGAGUCUACACUCCCCAAAGCUGGAGCUGGCGCUGCAGGUGUCCAGCAGCCAGCGACACGCCCUCCUGGUGGUUUGCAGCCACUGACUGAGGCAGACGAGCCCGCAGACCUGGGCAAGGUAGAGGGGACCAAGAGUAAAUCUGGACACCCUGCAGGAGCAAAAGAUGGACAGGAGUUGAACUCAUUUGAUAGCUCUCUGUCCUCCUCGGACAGCGAGGAUGAGGGUAAGAAAGAAAAGAAGAAGAAACAGCUAAAGAAGAAGAAGAAGGAGAAGAAGAAAGAUUCCAGCUCAGCAUCCUCUUCUUCUUCCUCCAGCAGCUCCUCGGACAGUGACAGUGAGGAUGACAAGAAGAAGAAAAAGAAGAAGAAGAAAAAAGAGAAGAAGAACAACAAGGAUGAGAAGAAAGAGUACGUCAGGGACAGCGUUUGCAUAUCUGCUCCUGAUGGCCAAAUGGAACAGUGUUAUGCAGAAGGUCUGAAGAUGAGCCAGGGUUUUGACUCAUCAGAUGAUGAGAACGACAAGAAGAAAGAGAAGAAGGACAAGAAGAAAAUGAAAAAGAAGAAGCAGGAUUCUUCCUCAUCUGACAGUUCAUCCUCCGACAGUGAGGAUGACAAGAAAAAGAAAAAGAAGAAGAAGAAGAAGAAGAAGAAGAAGAAAAAGGCCUCCAGCUCCUCUUCCUCAGAUAGCUCUUCGUCAUCCUCCUCUGACAGCGAUGAUGACAAAAAGAAAAAGAAGAAAAAGGACAAGAAGAAAAGGAAAAUGAAAGACAAGAAAAAGGAUUCCAGCUCUUCAUCAGCAUCUUCAUCUUCUGACAGUGAUAAAGAUAAAAAGAAGAAGAAGAAGAAGAAGGACAAGAAAAAGGACAAGAAAAAGAAGAAGGAUAAGAAAGAGGACGAAGAGCAGAAUGAGCUCUGCAGUGCUACUGCUCUUUUAGCAGUUGAUGGUGAGCUUGCAGGACCAUGUGCUGACGGAGAGAAAAAGAAAGAUGAAGUUGCUGACCAGGCCAAGAAAGUACUUAAAGCAACGGAAGAAGGCAAACUGUCCUCUGGGUCAGCAGCGGGGGGAGCAAAGGCAUUCCCUAUUGGUAUUGAGGAAGGCCACCUGAGUGAUGAUGAGGGAGAAGGAGGGGAGGAGAAGGAGAAGGAGAAGAAGAAGAAGAAGAAGAAGAAGAAGAAGAUGAAGAAGAAGAAGAAGAAGAAGAAAAAGGAUUCAGAUUCAUCCUCAGACAGUGAUGAGGACGAAACAGACAAGAAGAAGAAGAAGAAGAAGACAAAGAAAAAGAAGAAGGAGUCCUCCAGCUCCUCUUCUUCAUCUGAUAGCUCCUCCUCGGACAGCGAAGAUGACAAGAAAAAGAAAAAGAAGAUGAAGAAAAAGAAGGAUAAAGAUUCCAGCUCUUCCUCCUCUGAUAGUGAAGAUGACAAGAAGAAGAAGAAGAAGAAAAAGAAGAAGAAGUCCAGCUCUUCCUCCUCUUCCUCGGAUAGUGAUGAUGACAAGAAGAAGAAGAAAGAUAAGAAGAAGAAGAAAGAUAAGAAAAAGAAGAAGAAGAAGGAUAAAAAGAAGGAUUCUUCUUCUUCUGACUCCUCCAGUGAUUCUUCUAGUGAUGAUGAUAAGAAGAAAAAGAAGAAGGAUAAGAAGAAGAAAAAAAAGAAAGACAAGAAAAAGGAUUCAGAUUCUUCUAGCAGUGAUGAUGACAAGAAGAAAAAAAAGAAGAAAGAGAAGGAUAAGAAGAAGAAAAAGAAAGACAAGAAAAAGGACUCAGAUUCUUCUAGCAGUGAUGAUGACAAGAAAAAGAAAAAGAAGAAGAAAGACAAGAAGAAGAAAAAGGACGACAAAAAGAAGAGUUCGGGCUCAUCAGGAAGUGAAACUGACAAGAAGAAGAAGAUUGAAAGUCCUGAGGGUGAGCAAAGUGGCCUGCCAAAAAUGGAAGAUUCAAGCUCAGCUGGUGGCGGCCUUUCAGCUCCCAGUGACAGCUGCUCUAAGCCUGGUGGUUCCUCUACUUCUCUCACCUUCGUGUCACUCCCCUCCAAACCCAUGGUGAAGAUGGAUCCUCUGAGUCCUUCAGCUUUCUCCAAGCCCUCUGUCUCUAGCUCUAUAUUGAGUGUGGGAGAUAGGGCUCCCAUUCGCAGACCCCCCAGCCCCAUGGAGUCUCUGAUGGGGAGCCCAAGGAGGUUUGGAGACGGAGCAACCCGUUCCACCUCCCACCUCACCUCUAGUGAUAUAUUGAGAGGCACCAAGCCUUACUAAUAAUGAGACGUCAUAGAUCCAAAUAGAUGUUAUGUAUUUCUUUAAAAAAGUAUGGCUUACAUGAAACUGAAGGAUGUUGUGUGAUUUGAUAUCCUCUAAUGAUGUUCUUACUACCCUGAUUUUAUGCACGAAUAUUAUAAUAAGAGGUUACCAUAUAAAGAUGCCUUGGGACAUGAUAAAACACUUUAAGUUGAGGAAGAAAAUUAUUCCAUGAUAAAUGAACAUAUAUAGGCUAUAAUUUUCAAUUGGUAAGAAAAUGCACAUUAUUGGCAGAAAUAUCAAUUCACAAUCACAUGAAAUAAUUCAAAAGCCUUGUUUUGCUGAAUAAAACAAUGUGAUUUUA